ACAAGGGACCUUCCAGGCGAGUCUGGAGUCGUGGUUGUGAGGACUUUCGUUUUCGCACUGAGCGCUCACAGCCUGCUGGGUGCAGACGUACGCCAUCCUGACGGCUUUUAGCUGACAUUGACAGAGUAAGACAGCACUCCUUGCUGCCCAGUCACCACCCAGGAAGAUGAGUGCCUGUGGGAGGAAGGCCCUGACUCUGCUGAGCAGUGUCUUUGCUGUCUGCGGCCUUGGCCUGCUGGGCAUCGCGGUCAGCACAGACUACUGGCUAUACCUGGAAGAAGGCAUAAUUCUUCCCCAGAACCAGAGCACAGAGGUCAAGAUGUCCCUGCACUCGGGCCUCUGGCGGGUCUGCUUCCUUGCUGGUGAGGAGCGAGGACGCUGUUUCACCAUCGAGUAUGUGAUGCCCAUGAACUCCCAGAUGACAUCAGAAUCCACAGUCAAUGUUCUAAAAAUGAUUCGCUCGGCCACACCCUUCCCACUGGUCAGCCUCUUCUUCAUGUUCAUCGGGUUCAUCCUGAGCAACAUUGGACACAUCCGUCCCCACCGGACCAUACUGGCCUUUGUCUCUGGCAUCUUCUUUAUCCUCUCCGGCCUCUCUCUUGUGGUGGGCCUCGUGCUGUAUAUCUCCAGCAUCAAUGAUGAGAUACUCAACAGAACCAAGGAUGCAGAGACCUAUUUCAACUACAAAUAUGGCUGGUCAUUUGCCUUUGCUGCCAUCUCCUUCCUUUUAACAGAGAGUGCCGGGGUGAUGUCUGUAUACCUGUUCAUGAAGAGGUAUACUGCAGAAGACAUGUAUAGACCUCACCCAGGCUUCUACCGGCCACGUCUGAGCAACUGCUCCGAUUAUUCCGGCCAGUUUCUACAUCCAGAUGCCUGGAUCCGGGGCCGCAGCCCCUCCGACAUCUCCAGCGAUGCCUCCCUACAGAUGAACAGCAACUACCCAGCCUUGCUCAAGUGUCCAGACUAUGACCAGAUGUCAUCAUCUCCCUGCUGAGUCAGCCCUAGCCUCCUCCUCACCUGAACUUUGGAUGGCUGGACAGCGUUUCCCUCUCCCCCUGAGCCUUAGGCCCAGGCUGUUCCCUGCUUAGCCAUUGUUACUUGACCACAUCCCCUCCCUGCACCCAGAGUAGCUAGCAUCAGAGCCUGGAGUCAGAGGCAUUCUGAUUGGCUGAGAGCAUGGGUGAAGCCCUGCCUCUAGAGUGUCAAUCAUAGCCACAGGCUCCUGAGAAGCCAGCAAGCACCCCCCAUGCUGUGCUGUGCUGUGCUGGAAGAUGCCUCUGUUCUAGUUGAGUUUUGUUUCUGCACUUCCGGGUUAGCCAAAGCCAGGCUGGAGUUGCAGAGUUUCUGGUUACAGACAAAGCCAGACUUGAAUGCUUGCCUACCAGCCUGGCUCUCCAUCUGGGUGACUCUGCUCCAGUGGUCUGGCUGGCUCAGAAAUCUCAAGAAGACUGUUUCUUUUAUCUCAUCCGCCUUUCCACAAAACACAUCUCUCUGAGUAGCACUGCCCCCGAACCCCCAGGCUCUGGACCAUUCCCCACUUUCAUCCUUCCAGAACACAGCUGCCCUGGUCAGGGACUAAGGUAAGUAAGUAUUCAGCAGUGCCAAUGAUGUCACAAAGGUGUUAAUGGCGGAAGAUGUCUUAAUACACAUGACCCCUUGAUAAGCUAUUUCAUGGGGUCUUUUGAUGCCUUAACCCAAAGAAGUGACUGAUAAUGAGAACUCAAGAAUUUGACAGUUCUGUGUUCAGAGUGCCAAGCACUGUGUCCAACCCUGGGGGUGUUGUUCCUGACUUUCAGGGACCCUAUUUUCCAUCCAAGGCUCUAGGAUCUAAUCCUGUAGACAGGUUUCUGUACCACCUAAGAACACCAUAGCUGUGAGCUAGAUUUGAUGACACAGUGCUAUUUGAGCCCAAACAAGCCAGAUUCCAGAUGAUCCAGCUGCCCUGCCAAUGAUGCUUGUGAACAUUUGGGGGUUGCCAACUUAAUCCUGAUACGGAAAGCAUCUGCUUCCCAGUUACAUGGCAUAUGUGGGCAAAUCACACGCCUCCAGAAUGCCAGACAAUGUGACAACUGCUUUCCUGGUGGGAACACUGAGCUGAGAGGCUGCAGGCGCUUCUGAGAAGUCCACAAAAGCCCCAUAGUUCUCCAGGUGUCCACUCAGCUGGACUCUUGUUCAUUCUGAGAGUUUUGAGAGGCGAGCCAAUGUGGCUUCUCUGUGCUGUGUUUUUGCCGAGCCCACUCUUGACUCAUUCUCUUUAAGAUGCCAAAUGUACCCAAAUAUACAAAGCCGCAGUGGGGGCUGAGCAGGCUCUGGCAAGUGGCACAGGAAACCACACAGCUGGUGCCUACAGGAGGAUGCUGACUCAAUCAGCAUGGAAGAGGCCAGAAGUUCAAGAUCAAGUUGUCAAAGGACUGAUCUCUGAGGCAUCUGCUCCUGGCUUACAGAUGGCCGGCUUCUUGCUGUAGGAUCAUGUGCUGCACCUGAGGCUGGUUUUUUUUUUUUUUUUUUUUUUUUUUU